AUGGUCCAUCGAUUACCUUCUGCUAUUGCAAAUCGUCUUGUCAAUCAACGCGAUGCUCUUGUUUCAAAGCCGGAAAUUUCGGAGGUACCAAUAGUGGACGGAGAUAACGAUAAUAUGGAAGCAACGGAAAAUGUGCCUCCAACCGAUGCUACUGAGGAUUAUAUUCGAGUUACCGCUCCCACGGAUAAUGGGAAAUCAGUACAGCGUCAACUGAAUACUACAACCUCUCUUGCUUCUCGAUUGCAAGCGAUCAUCGACAAAUAUGAGAAUAAUCAAGAAUCUCUUUUUGAUAAAGCUCGAUCUCAGGGCUGGCCAUCAUUAGAGCUGUUGCGCCAGAGAGCCCAGCCAGAUGAACUGCAGAAACGAAUUGAUACUCCAGAACCAAUUAAAAGCAUCAUUUUUAUCAUCCAGAACUACAACAGAUCAUUUUACUAUCCAUCCUUUCUCCAACGAGCACUUGAAGAAACCUCUCAUGGACGAGAACGGGCACAUAAAGAAGCAUGGCGUUGGAUGGAUGAUAUUCCUUCUGGGUACUACUCACAAGCCCAUGCAGAUAUCGGCCCAAUGAUAUUGGAGAGCUUCGUGUCCAAUAAUACCCUUGCUUUGCGGUCGAGAAUGAGAGAGAUUGAGACACCCGAUGUAUUAUAUACUCAAUUGUUGAUGGAGGUAAUUGCACCCGAAUUCAUUUUAACAAUGAUACAGCAAGAUUGUGGGAUUUCUAGAUCUGAGGCGAGAGUGAUACUGGAGGACCCACGGGCAAUGGACUAUGGAAGGCUAGUAUUUGGAUAUAUAGAUAAAGAUGGGCACAUUACUACGGGAGAGACAAACCCAUCGGUUCAGGAGUAUCAGGGGCCAAGCAGAAGAACUCGCAGCAGUAGGAAUAAGUAG